GGGUGCCAACUCAUCAUCUCUUUCGUUUCCACCUCAGGAUUCACUGAUAGGUGGAAGACACGUCCUUUACAAAAGUUAAAAAAUACUUUUCGUCAAAAUAUUCUAGGUGGAAAUGUAUUAGCUUUUUAUUAUUAUUAAUUACAUAAAUAAACAAAACAAAAAAAGGAGAUGAACUCUCUGUCUCUCUUAAUCCCCUUCUUCAUCUUCUCCUAAUCCCCUUCUUCAUCUUCUCCGAUCCAACUCCCUGCCCCCUAUUCUUUCGAGAAUCAAAUCCAGUAUCUCCCAUAGAUCGACGAACCAAACGACCGACGAACCCCGAUUCUCCAGAUCCGAUCUGUCCUCUAUGGUUUUGUUCUCCGACAAACGAAACCCAGCCACAGACAAGGCUGAAACGACCAGCCAGAUCUAUGCGCAAUCUUCACAGAGGCACUCCGGCCUUCGCAGUACCUCACUAUACAUCGCCACCACAGCUCCGCGCUGUCCCUCACCUAAGCCACAUCCCCGCCGCAAUCGUCAAUGAACCCAUCCCCGUCUCAAUCGCGUUGUUGGAAUGUGCUUGUCGAGGAACUAUUAAUCGGUCGGAUGACCCUGAGGUGACAAAGAAAGGGGAGGAGAGGAACUCAGACUCUCGAAUUGCGCCGGAGCAGGGAUGGUGAGACUAUGACCCUCGAUUUGUGUCAGAGAAAGGAUUUUGGUUGGGAAUCAAAGCGACGCUUGACCUGGGUAGACUUUACUAGCGUCUGAUGCUUCUCGAUUUUGUGUUUUCUUUGACUAUACCUGGUGGUCGCUGAGAAAGCUUGGAUUAGAUCUAGGAAUGCAUUUUGGAGAUAUGGAACAUAUCUGGAGACUGGAAUGAUUCAAAUUUCCAAGACAAAAACUGAGGGAAUGGUGCGGGAGCUGGUUGAAUCGCGUGGAGAAAUAGUAGUUUGAAAUCGAGAGGUGAGGUAGUUGUUUGAAUCCAAGCCUAAAAUCUCCUCCUAUUGAAUCCCGACCAUGAUACCAGUCAGCGGCCGAUGCAGGAUCUAGUGGACAAGGAAGGGUUUGCAAGGUGGUGUUGGCGAUGAAAUUUUUUUGGGGAUUUUUUUUGUUUGUUUAGGUUGUACGUGAGAAAUACAUAACCUUUUUUUUA